AUGUUGACUAUUGAGUACGGCAUUGCUACGUCUCCAUGCUGUGUUGACCAACAUCAUCAUCAGCAUGUCGUCUUCAAUUGCGAGGAAAAGUCAUUGUCUAUUGCUGUAAUAAUUGCGAAAGAGCUCCACAUGGAUCCUUUAAAGAGAUGCCACGAUAAGCGAAGUGGAUCACGUUCUUGGACUUCAAAACCCAAGCAGAGGCUAAGAUCUACGGAUGAUCCUGGAAUUGGAGAUGUUUCAAUUAGGAUCAAUCCGAAUGGCUCACCACAAAUCUUUUUAUAUAAGGGUACGAAGCCAACUACUCGAACUCCCCCAUGGCCAUGGAGAGGCAAGGCCAGUUUAUACAACAGGAGUUUAGUAAAUGAUCAAGACGAAAUAUACUCUGUCUACACUAUUCCUGAUGCUUCUCUUCUCCUAACAAUAAUAGUGGAUCAUUCAGGAUUUGUGAAGGUGUUAACAUGGCAUGAAAGCGAAUCAAGGGAUGGCCAAUGGAAGGAGAUUUGGAGAGAACCUCAGUAUGGAUGUGAUUUUUAUGGAUGGUGUGGUCCUAAUAGUAUAUGUGAACCUACUGUUGUAAAUAGAUUUGAAUGUGGGUGUUUACCUGGGUUUGAACCCAAGUACCCAAGGGACUGGUUUUUGAGAGAUGGCUCUGGUGGUUGUGUCAGGAAACGACUAGAAUCCUCUUCAGUCUGUGAGCACGAAGAGGGGUUUGUGAAGGUGGCAAAUUUAAUUAUUCCGGACACUACAGCAGCGGUUUGGGUGGACUUGAGCAUGAGUCGUGCAGACUGUGAACUAGAAUGCAAGAAGAAUUGCUCAUGCUCUGCAUACGCUAGCAUUGAAAUUCCUGGGCAAGGGGAUGGCUGUUUGACUUGGUAUGGAGAAUUAUUUGACAUGAAGUAUGAUACCACUGAAAGUUAUGAUCUAUUUGUUCGGGUUGAUGCAUAUGAAUUAGCUGAAUAUAACAGGAAGUCAAACGGUUCUGGUAAAAGGAAGGACAUUCUGGCCAUUUGGGCAUCAUCUGUUGCAUCGCUAUGGUUUCUCAUUAGCCUAUUUGCUUAUUUGUGGCUCAGGAAGAAGGCACAAAAAGGUAAGACAAAACUCUUAUCACUAUUGUAA